CACUUCUUCUUACUUGGGACUAACAUCUUCGACUUCAAAUUUAUCUAAAAGGCAGUAAAGGAAAUGACCCUGCCCAGUCUUAUCGAUGAACGAUACUUAGAUACCUAACCAGAUGACCCACCUUACCUAAAGUAUCGAUUGCCAGCUGCCAACUGCCAACCGUCGCGAAAGCUCACGAUCGCAUUCUUCUACCUUUUUCCUUUUUCUCCCUUCCCAUAACGUCAUGGCGAGUAUCGACCGAUACCGACCUCCUUACCGGGAACCUUACCAACUUCCUACCGCGCCUCCUACCAGUAGUAACGCGAACAAUACUUCCAAAUCACCUACAAGGAGACGCGACAUACCUCCACCUGUCCCUUCGCCACCUACAAAUUCGUCGCGUACAUCUCCACCUGCACCACAAUCGCGACUCGGCGCACCUUCUCCUAGUCGCUCGGCGACUAAGACGCCACUCACAAUGUCAAAUCAAUGGUAUUUCACUCCGGACGAGGUUCUUAGCAGCCCGAGCAUCCUGGAUGGAUUAUCUCCAGCCGAGGAGCGACUGAGGCGGGCGAAGGGUGUCAACUUCAUCUACCAAGCCGGCAUUUUACUCGAACUGCCCCAAACUACCCUUUACGUUGCAGGGGUUUUCUUUCACCGAUUUUUCAUGAGAUGCAGUAUGGUCGAGGAGAAGCAUGGCAUUCAUCACUACAACAUUGCAGCAACCGCGCUCUUCCUUGCCAACAAGACGGAAGAAAACUGCCGAAAGACGAAAGACAUCAUCAUCGCUGUCGCAAAAGUCGCCCAAAAGAAUGCCAAGCUCAUCGUAGACGAACAGUCGAAAGAAUAUUGGAGAUGGCGAGACAGCAUUCUCAUGUUCGAGGAAGUCAUGCUAGAGAAUCUGACCUUUGACCUCAUGAUUGAGAGUCCACACUUCAAAUUGUACGACUUUCUCAGCCAGCUACAAGUAAUUCACAACAAGAACCUACGACACGCGGCAUGGGCAUUCUGCAACGACUCGUGCCUAGCCGUUUUACCACUUCUCAUGGACGCGCGUGACAUUGCCAUUGCAGCAAUCUUCUUUUCUAGUACCUUUACUGGAGAGCGAAUAGAAGAUGUAAAUGGCGAAGCAUGGUGGAAGGCGCUCAACGGCAAUGAGGAGCACUGUGUAAAAGCCAUCCAGGUCCUUAAGGAAUUCUAUGUAGAGAAUCCCUUGCGCAAACAGGAGAACCCUUAUUCGCAGUCGCCAUUGUUUAUCCUUGAGAAUACUAGAAGAAGAGGGGAGGAUAUCAGCGCACGUUCCAUCAACGGUACGCCUAGGACCGAUAGUGCUACCCAGAGCCCUAAGGGCAAGGUUAACGGCAUGGAUGAAGCGGCGGCAGAGAGAGAGAUCGAUACGGCCGCAGCCGAAUCUGCAGCUCAAACAGCUCCGGGUGAUUCUGAUUCCGUCCUUAAAGCGGCUGCAAACAAUCCAACUAUUCACUCAGGCACAAAUGGAGUCAAGAGAAAGGAAGUCGAGUCUUUAGCAUCAGAAACCAGAGAUCCUAAGCGGCAACGUCUUGGCUCGGACGAUGAUGACGAAGGCGAAGUACAUGAAUAGAGACAUGUAUUAGCCUGGCUGGACAAAAUCUCG